AUGUCUGAAGUUGCCGCUGUCACGACGACCGACGCAAUCGCAUCCAACGUUGCUUCACCACGCGCUGGUACGAAGAAAAGUUCGGGAGAAGGUAAACGGAAUCUGAACCUACCACGGACCCAUCCACCGAUGUCGGAAAUGGUGACCACUGCCAUCGAAACGUUGAAAGGUGGACGCCACGGAUCGUCCCUGCAGGCCAUCAAGAAGUAUAUCGGGGCCAACUACAAGUGCGAUGUCGUCAAGCUGGCUCCAUUCCUCCGGAAGGCUCUCCGGGCGGUGUCGAGAAGGGCACCUUUGUCCAAAUCAAGGGAACGGGUGCUUCCGGAUCACGGCAGCGAAACAGAGGAAGAAGAAGAAGGUGGCAGUGCCCAAGAAAAGCGCCACCGCCGCGAGUGGACGCGUGGAAAGGCUGCUACCGUCAAGCAGAAGGCCACCAAACACGCGAAAACCAGAUCGCCGCCACCAAAGAAAGCUGCUUCCGCCGCCAAGAAAGCUUCUUCUCCCGCUGCUGUACCGAAAAAGGCUGCCGCUGGUGGUGGUAAGAAGAAGUAA